CGAUUGACGCGCCUAUUUUGGACCGUUGGCUUUCUCCUUGCACUCGGCAUGUUGAUCUUCGUCAUACAAAUGCUCGCCGCGCGCUACAACAAACAACAGUUCAAGACAGUUAUUAACUCAACAAAUUAUCCGGUUUAUCGCAUCGUUUUCCCCGAGGUGCAUAUAUGUAAUGAAAAUCGCUUGAAUUGGGCGCGUUUCACUUCGGCAAAAGAAAACUUUCUACGUCCCGAGCACCACAACACCGAGCUGGAACAAAUAUUUACAAAAACCGUGGCACUUUAUGACAAUUUACGUCUCGGUAGUUUCGAUGUAUUUGAAAGCCUGGGCAACAAAUCGCUUCAUAAUUUGGACUAUGUGAAUUUCACUAACGUGGCGCAAUUUAUGGCGUGGCGCUGUGACGAACUGCUGACAGAUUGUGUGUGGCGUCAUAAUCCCAUGAAUUGUUGUGAUAUAUUUAUAGCACGUCGCUCCGUAUAUGGCUUUUGCAUGUCCUUCAAUACAAUCGAAACGAUGACUGGGGAAUUAACAGAAUCGAUAGAUGAUAAAUGGCCAUUACAUGCUAGUGAAGAGGGGCCGGAUAAUGGUCUAAACGUGCGAGUGCUGAUAAACGAACAGUUGCAUUCGCCCUUUGCAACUAACCCGAAGAGAAUUAUGUUUAUGCUGAUGCAGCCAGGUGUCUGGUGGAGUUUUCGCAAUGAAAUCUUGUUGAGUGAUAAGGUUUACGUCCAGUUAAAUGCACAACUAAAUUUCUACGAUUCAACUACUCGAAGUUUACCAUCGAGUGUCCGCGAGUGCGUUUUCGAUCAUGAACAUAACAGCGUCGACUUCAAAACACUAUUCAACCACAAAUAUAUGUUUGAAAACUGCCAAGCCGAAUGCCAACAAGAACAUAUGAUGAAGUUUUGCAACUGUACAUUUGACAUGUUCUUUCCACCGGGUCAGUACCCGUCCUGCAAAUUGUCAGACAUGCCCUGUUUGGCGGUGAAUAACGAUCGUUUGAAGUACUUUCAGCAAAGCGGCGAAAGGGAUGUCUUACCGGCAACCCUGCAAGAGCUUGGCAUGGUCUGCGAGUGCUUCCUAAAUUGUCUGUCACUGUCCUAUCACGUAGACAUACGCGCUUACAAUCUGCCAAAUGUCAAACAGAAACCGAAUGAUUCAUUUGUGGACCUCGACUUUUUCUUUAUACGCGAUUCGAUCGUUGUCUUUCGCACGACUGUCAUUUACACUUGGGUGGAUUUGUUAGUGAACUUCGGCAACGCCACCGCACUCUUUCUCGGCUGUUCCGUUAUAAGUGUCAUCGAAUUGAUCUACUAUUUCUGCGUUUACUUGCCACAACGCCUUCGAAGGUUACACAAUAAGCUCAAAAGGCCUUUAAUAACCGCCAACAAUUACGACAGCAAGUUGUUGGAAGACUGGAUGAGGCAAUUAUAUGACCACAACGUUGAAAAUAAGGAGCCCGAAAACACCAAGGGGAAGCUGCCCAACAUUACUGGAGACCGAUAAAGCGCGCGGCAUUUAUAUAGUUACAAUGGCAAUCACAAAAAUCAGUUACUGCUAGCAAAGAAAAAGUAGAAAAAGGGACGUGUUGCGAAAAAUGCAUUUAAACAAAGCAAU